GCCGUGGCGGUCGAGUCGCUGAUGGCCUGCUUUUCUGGCUCGCUUUUUCACGUAAAUCGUUCCGCGUCGAUAGAGUAUCCGCGAAUCGAAGCCCUGUGCAGCAUGGCGAUGGUGGGCAUGCCGGUCGGGGACACGGCUGAGGCUGUGCGUCCCAUCUGGCGCUGCAAGCUGUGCGGCCACGCGGAGAGACAUCGGGACCCUUGGCAAGGGAACCUAGGGCGGAAUCCGGAGAUAAACUGUGCGCAUGCACAUGUCUUCCGGAAUUCCCGACUCAAUGCCGAAGUGCAGUCCAUAUGGACCACAUACUUGGGCGGCACAACUCACUUAGCCCCCUGCCCGGGUACAGGUCCUCUUCCCUCGCCUGCACCCCACCCUACUCCGCCGAGCCACACGCCCAGGAACAGCGCAUCGCGCUCAACCGCCUCCGUCGACGGCCAUCUGGUGAUUUUGUCAAGCAUUCGCGCUCAGGAGGGCUCAGUCUGUGGCUCAGUCGCCAGGACAGUAGCGCCAAUCUGCCUGCGUAUGGGUGCGGUGAUUUUGUGGAGGGCACCGUGACCCUCUCCAAACCGGAGACAACAACGAGCGUGGAGGUCCGAAUUGAGGGCAGCUUGCGGCUCAAAGAGGUUGCGGAGGGUGGCACGACCGCAACGAAGCUAUGUGCGUCCACCGUGACGCUAUGGGGCAGAGACGCCCAACCCGGGCAGUGCCCUCCUUCCCUGCCAUUUAGUUUGGCACUUCCUCCCUCUUUCACAGACGGCAGAGACACAUACCCUCUCCCGCCUACACACGAGGCACAGCUGUCUGGCGUGCCCGGCUUCCAUGCCGUGAUAGAGUAUAUCAUAACUGCUGUCGCGCAGAAAGGUAGAUCGUCGGGCCUGCUCCGUAGCAGCAACAGCACGGUUUCUACUCCGUUCGUCUAUUAUCCCCGCUCCCGCCCCGCCGUACCGCUGCCGCCGCCAAUCCUGCGCUCGCCCGGACCACAUGGUAUGCUGAGCGCCGCGGAUUGGCGGCGUUACGAGACGGUGAUGACGGCCAAGGUUGCAGGUGUGAAGGACAUCACUGCCAGAUUCUACAUCCCAACGGCGCGCGUUUUUUCCAUGGCAGAGCCGAUUCCUUUCCACCUCAUCUUUGCGUCGACACCGUCCUCCCUUGCAGCUUUUCUCCCGUUUGGCCCGACCGGGGCCCGGACAGGUGCCCGACAGCAUACUCGCGUGCAGCUGCUCAGGCAGACGAACGUCGACGCCAGAGGGCAGUUAGUCCUUGGCACAAAGACCGACAUCUGGCGUACCGUAGAAAUUGGGGACGCGGCUUUCCGGCACGCAGGUGAUGGACCCGAUUGGACAUCGUAUUCUGGAGAAAUCUGCGUCAGCGAUCAAAUUCGCAUUGGAGGAUUCAAGGCGGGCGGGCUGACCAUCAGAGAUUUCAUUGUCUUGUCCAUGACUCCGCCAGAUCCUAGUCGGGCACCGUUUCACGAACUACGGCAAGUGGUGCCCGUUCGUCUGACAACCGAUUCUUGGGAGAGCGAUGGCGCAGGGCAGACGUUCUCGGCAUCCGACUACACAAUACCUCUUAUCACGAGCGACCCGCGGUUACUAGACGCACCCAUUCCGUAUGGACUAUGAGACACGCAU